AGUUCCUGAUUUUCCAGCUCACUCGGCACUUUCCAUCGCGUCUCAAGUGAAAAUUGCACGAAAGUUUGACUCGCAAAUUUAUUAAUGAAUGUGUUUAUUUUAUUGGUAUUAAUGAUGUGCCUUUCGGUGAAUAAGUUUAUAUAAAUGGUUACAAGUUGUCGUAAUAAACAUCUUUCACUUCUUCUCUUCUUUUCACAAUUUUAAUUCAGAAAGUUUUUAAUCUGCUCAACAGAUGCCGGACAACCUUAUUAUACCUAUUAACUACAUCGUAAUGGCGGAAGCCGAACCUGACCUUAGUACCUUUGAAAAUAAAACCGGCCUAGCCGAAGACAUGAAAUUCCUAGCCUCCAUGCCAGAACUUUGUGAUGUUACCUUCCUUGUAGGAGAUACCCGAGAACCUGUAUGUGCUGUCAAAGCUGUCCUCGCAGCCAGAUCCCGUGUCUUCCAUAAAAUGUUAUACCAGGCACCUAGUCCUCAGCGUAGAAAGGAUCCACCCCCAAGAGAGAACAAACUUCGUUUGUUUCUAAAACGGUCUUCUGAACCUCUGCUCAAUUUACAAAAUGCAUCUCAAUCUAGAGGCUUCACCCAGCAGCUGGCACCUAUCCAAGAGCCUACUUCUCAACAACAUCAGACACUGAUAAUUGAGGAAUUUGAACCUGAUGUUUUCCGACAACUGAUAGAGUACAUUCAUACAGGAUGUGUUACUCUACAACCCAGGACUCUAUUAGGUGUAAUGAAUGCCGCAGAUUAUUAUGGUUUGGACGAAUUGAGAAGGGCUUGUGCUGGAUUCGUACAAUGCUGUAUUAAUGUUGACACCGUAUGUGCUCUUUUAGCUUCGGCAGAGCGGUACAUACAGUACAAAUGUACAAAAUCAUUGGUACAAAAGGUUUUAGAAUUCGUGGACGAGCAUGGAAACGAAGUAUUAAAUUUGGGGUCAUUCACACUUUUACCCCAACAUGUGGUGAGGCUUAUUUUAGCAAGAGAAGAACUACAAGCAGAUGAAUUCACCAAAUUUCAGGCUGCACUUAUGUGGGGAAAGAAGUACUGCGACAAUAAUCCAAGUACGAGUAUAAAAGAAGUGGUCGGAAAUUUUUUAGAAUACAUCCAGUUCCACAAAAUACCCACUAAUGUUCUAAUGCGAGAAAUAUACCCCUUAGGAUUACUUCCCCAGAGUCUAUUCGUGAAUGCUUUGGCAUAUCAGGCAGACCCAACAAGUGUCGACCCUGGAAAACUCUCUCCAAAUCGGGUAAGACGUCAGACGCAAGGCCGUUCAAUGUCAGUUCAGAGCUCCGAUCCAUAUGGCUCUAAUACGACAUUGAGUAGUAGCCAAUCCAGUGAACUAGCUUCAUCAGACGGAAAGCAUUCUUCCAACUAACAUAAGGCCACUGUUGUGCCCGCUCCCCCGCCUACUAUAUCUGUAUCACCAUCUCCAAAACAUCAACCCAUCCCACCUCCAACUGUUACCAUCAGUUCUUCAUCACCUUCCCCGCAAUCAUCUCCUGCUCAUUCUUUUACUUUCACUAUUGUUUUAAAGAAAGUAACACCGAAGGAAACUUCAACUUGUGAUAAUAAAGUAUAAUUUGGUUUAUUUAACCUGUUCAAUCAAAACAAGAAUGACAAUCUAAAUCAUACGAAUAAUUGGAGGAUGGAUGCUUUGUAAUACGAUACGUUAUGGUUAAAUUCUAUGUUAACUUAUUUCAAGAAAUUGUAAAUAAAUCUGGGGACUUUGCUCAAAUGUUAUAACCGCUGUGGGAUAAAUUUAGAUGAGACAGGGUGCUUUUACAUGGUAGUCAAAAUGUCCAUUUUUGAAAAACACCGCAAGUGUAUUCACAAUGGCACAAUGGAAUAAUUUUUUGCAGUCAAAUAGGCGUGCCGUAUUAUUGUAUGCCUCUAUUGUUGUAAUAAAAAUAUUUGAAACGAUAGCUCUGCAUAAAAUUGCACUUUCAUUGUCUCUUCUAAAUAUUAUGUGGCCAUUUUGGCCGGGUAUGACUUACUCUUGACAUUUUUACAGAUAUAGUCCGUAUAUCCUAUAAUGACGCCAGAUUAACUAUAGCUUAAAAAGAAUGCUCUUUAAAUCAAACGUCAAAAGAAAAGCAAAUUGAGAAAACAUACAAAAAAAAUGAGAUUAAUUUUUUGAAAAUUAGAUUUUGAAAUUUGAAAAUUGUGCAUAACCAUAUCCUUUUUGAUAUAAAUGUUAAGUGGGAAGGUACCGCAAAUAACACAAACACAAAACUUUAAAAAGUGUCAAAAUUACUUCUACCUUUUUUCCACAUAUUUGAUCCAAUCAAAAUAGCGUUUGAAUAGAAGCGCGAUUAUAAUUAUUACAUAAUAGCUUCCUUUACUCAGUUGAAGUCGAUUGAUAUUAAACAAUAAAUAAACAAUAAAAUCAUUCGCAAAAUAUCGCAUAUGACCAAUCUCUCACGUUACUUACAAGACUGCCACUAAGUAACUCUUUUCUUUUCUGCUACUGACUUUUUAGAUUUAUCCAAAUUUCCAAAUAGAUUUAAGUGGAGUAUUGGAUUUACCUCAGACGACAAAGUUAGUUGUACAAAUCUGCUCCAAUCAAUCAGAUACUUUGACAUUUUGUUGGAUUUCUAUCAAAGGUAGAUUUCUCCCCAGAAUUGCACCACACCGAUAUAGUUACUAUUGCUAGAUAUUGUAUGCAUCGAUCAGCUGCAUCUUGUAUUAUAUUGCUCAUUGUAUUACUCCAUAAUUAGUAACUUUUAGCUAUUCAACAAACUUGUAUUGACCUAUUUAAGCUUUUACAAUAUUUUCUAAUAGGAUGAUUUAUACCUGAUUGUUUUGGAAAAUACAUACCUCUUUUAAAAAACUACCUCACUAAUCAUAUACAGGGAACGUUCUUAUAUAACCUAAAAGUUUCUACCAUCCCCACAAGUAUCAUCCUUCUGUUUUGUUAAAUAUUUUCUGACGUUUUAAUAUGUUGUAUUCACACCUAUUGGCAUUCGAGAUCCAAAUUUCUUAAAUUUCAUUAUAAGCUUAAAUUUUUCGUAUUUAUUUAUCAAAUAAUUAGUGUAAAGUGAGGAAGUUCUAAUUUUUUUGAAAAAAAUUUCGAUAGUUUUCAAUUAUAAUGUUUUGAAAAAAACAAUUCUACAGUACCUGAAAGAAAAACACAUUUGUUGCUGUGUGUAAAUUCUGCAAUUUUUCUUUUCAGUACUUAAAUAAUUAACAAUACAAUUAGUGGGAAUGGUGGUGGUAUUUUAGACGAUAUGACCCCAGCACACAGACAGCAAUUCGAAAAUAGAAUAUACCAAGAAUUUUGCGUGAUCUUCUAGUUAUGAAUCCCUCGACGAGAAAAUACAGAGUUUCUUAAUUGUGGGGAUAUUAUUAAAAUCCAUUUUUUCCCCGAAAAUGAUCCAUUAUUUUUUCAAUUAAAGUGCACUAAUCGAUUUCGCCAAUCCAAAUUUGACAGGAAACAUUUUUAUUUUAAGAAAAAUGCCUUUGGUUUUACAAUUAAACUAAAAUCAGUACUUUUUGUGGUUGUUGUUGUUUCUCAUACAUUUAGUUUAUGAACAAUUUUUUCACUAAAACGCUAACUGUAUAAUCGUCUGUCUUGAGCAAGACGUACACUGAAUCGACUCCGCUCGGUCGGAUCGGAAAAGAACAGUCGGCAUGUUUUGAUCUACUUGUAUUUAAAUGCAUUAUGUUAUGCCAAUAAAUGGUUCCAAGCCUCAACGGCGGCAUCGUAGGCAGUGGUGUAAUGGUUCUAGCAAUCACUUUACGAUGCCACGUGCUAAGAGCACGAAUUAUUUGUUCAUCUUUAUUUGUAGAAGUUUUGUAACUGUACUUAUUUCUUUCCAUUAAAAAAAUUUUUAAAUAUUAACACAGUCCCCAAGGCUUUUUUUCGUGACAUAAAAAUUACUUUGUAAUAAAUCCGUUUGGUUGGCUCAGACCGUUCAACUCGGUUCGUCAACGACAGAGAAUGCCGAAGGGGGCAAAACUGCCGAACAUUCCGAAAAUAUUUUAAAUUCAGGUUCAAAUUGCAGAGCUGUUUGACGAAAUUUUAAUAGAAAUGUUGAGGAAAUAUUUUGAGCUGUAUGAUCCAUGAGACAGAUACUAUUACGACAACAUAAUUUAUGUCCCGCUUUUCAAAUGGUAACAGCUCACAAAAGUGAAAAAUUUUUCUUCGUCAUUAAGUAAAUCUGGAAAUGAUGAUUAAGAAACUCUUAACAAGUUUUUCUCGUGUGGUUAAUAUAUGAAUCCAGAAUCUUGGUCUACGCUAUUAUAUUUAUUCGCAUACUAAUGAAAUUUCUCCAUCUUCAUCAGAUUAUGAUGAGCUUGAACUAAUUUUGAUAAAUUAUAGUCAUUAAAGUAAUUGCAAUGAACUUCACUAGGCUGCCCUAUGUGUACUAAGAAAUGACCUGAAAGGAAAGCUACCGAAAGUUUCAGUUCAAUGGGCGGCACCAGCACCGUGGAGACCGUUUUCUUCCGAUCUGACCGAGCCGAGUUGAUUGAGUGCGCGUUCUACUUUAUUCUGCUUUCCGGCUCAUGGCUCGAAUUGAAACAACGCCAGGAAAAAUUAUAAUUUGUAUAAUUUCCCAAGUAAGCAAAGAAUAGAAUUUGUUUUAUUACUACCAAUAUUAUUGAUCUGGCUUCAUAAUUCCUCCAUUAUCAAUAACAACAUUAAAUGCUCAACUAGAAGAAUAAUAUAUUAAAUAUUUAGAGAACUGGAUACAAUGAUUGUUUUUAUUUAAAAUUUGUUUGUAUAAAUAGAUAUUGAUAAUCAUUUUACAUCUAAAUCUUGAUGUUUAAUAAUCUUUUUAAAACGAAUUUUAAAUAUUUAACCAAAUUUGUAUUUAGAAAUCAUUUUUGACUAAUACACGUCUAAAUCUGUUUCCCCUAGAGUUAUUAAACAAAAAAUAAGAUUUCUAGCUAGUGGAUAUCUAUUGCAAACAAAAGAGUUGCUUUUUAUAUUUUCUGUUUGUUUACAAUCCUAAUAAGAGUAGUAAAAAUCACAGCGUUAUGAUUCAACCAAAAAAAAAGUAUCAUACUUAGAAGAUUCCUGUAAAUUGUAACAUUCUAAUGAAAGGCUACAGUCUAACUUUUAAGGAAAAUCCAUAAAAAAAUCAGCUAGAGACAGUUCCGAACUGCCAGGCCAUAGAAUAUCUUCUCUACACGAGAUCAAUUUGUUUGUAAACAUUUUUUUAACCUAAACUAUCGUCGGAUAUAUGACAGGAUGCGCUAUAUUGCUGUUUUAUUGUUAUUACUAUAAAAAUGAUGAAACUGUGGUCGAAAAAAAAGUCCACAUAUUCUACGUAUUUUCAAAAUUACGGACCUUUUAUCCCUUUAAGGAUAUUGGCGUCUAAGCCGUCACUUUUGUAGAAAGCAAAAGUCUUUGAUGUUUUAAUUUAGGGUUUCCACCGCUCCAAAAUCUUCAAUUUUGUUUUUUGACAUGCCCAUUUACGUUCGAGUGGGUUCGUCCGAGAGAAAAAUAUUAUUAAAUUUGCCAGGACGCUUGAACAUCGUAUAUAAAAUUAUUUUCUUUCAAUUGGUGUACUAACUGUAUCUUAAAAGAAUGCAGUUUUGAGUCCAAUUUCAAUAUCCGACGCAAAGUUGUUAGGGUUAUUUACCGAAGCCUCUUAACGCCAGCAUAUACAACAACCAUAGGACCGUCGCGUGGUUUCUUGUACUAUAAUACAUAUACUAAUAUAUGUGUGUAUCGUGGGCUACGGCCUCGUCGUUUCUCCUGCUCCGUUGGCUCCUGUAUGUUUUUUAUUAAUAUUCGAACCAGUUGCUCCGAAAGUUUCAACCGAUUAUUUAAUUAAAUUUACACUUAGACACAGAUUAAUAUUUUUUAAUUAUUAGAAAGAUCGAAAUAGACGGCGAAUAAUAGCAUUUGUAAUAUAUAUUCUCUUGUGAAGGGAUCUGAAGAACCGUGCAAGAGGCAGUUCCCACUUAUCUCCCGCGGUAAACCGCUUAAAAAAGGAAAGAUUCAUUGGUUAAUCAUAUUUUCUGGUAAAAUUAUUACAAAAGCUGUUAAAUGGAAAAGGGGAAAAGAUGUUAGAGUAUUAAAUGGGUUUCACAUAGGUGUACAAUCAUUAUAGGCAAUAAUCGGCUGUCAUAAAUAAAAUGAGUAAAUUGAAUUGAAAUUUUCGUCAUAUCUAUUUAGAUUGAUUUCGAUAUUAUACUGAUUCUGUUGAAGUUGAAAUUUCCUAUGUUUUUAAAAGAAUAAGCACAAUUAUUAUCUAUGUUGUAGAACAGCUUGUUAAACUAAAUGUUUCGCUCAUUCUCGUUCAGCAUCUCUAUAACUAACGAUUAUUUUGAGAAUUCCCUUCAAUAAGCGAUUUCUGAAAUAAUAGUCAAUUAUAUAGGGAUUUAACGAAGCAUUGUUUAACAGAUUUUGUAUAUCAAUAAAGAUUUCUUUUAAUCAACCAAUUUCAAUUUGAUCAAAAUUAAAUAUAGUAGUUAUAGGGUUACAGGGUUAUUCACAGUAUGACAUUUUUGUAACCAAUAUGAUUCAAAAUAAAAAAACAUCAGUUCUAUAGUUUUUAGAAAAUUAUAUAAGAGCAAUAAUUAAUUAUCAGACUGUAUCAAGUUUAGCCUCUAAUUAAAAAUCAGAAAAUAGUAGUAAAAAAAAGAAUUUAACGAAAAUACACAUCUUAUUUGAAAUUGGAUGAAAAAGUUUUGAAUUUCUGUAAGAUCCAUUAAUUUUGUCUCUUAAUAUUAAUUUAUAAAAAUUUUUAGGCACUGAAUAUACCUAUAUGUUUAUUUUUGAUUAAAUUUAAUGAGGUUUUCGAUCAACAGUAGAUAAUUAUAAUCAUAAUGUAAGUUAAGCAGUAAAUCCAAAUAUGGAGAAAAAGCAGUCAGCUCUUAUGUAUGCAUAGAAGAAAUAAUUUUUUAUUAAUUUUUAAUUAUUAUAAUAACUGCAAUCAAGUUUGUUUAUUAUACUCGUGAAAUAAUAUAGAAAAACCACAGUAAUGCCUAACUAUGGUAUCAUCAUCAAGAAGGUAGUACCGGUAAUUUUAAUACUUAUUCAAGUUGACGUAUAUUUUAGUUAAAAAAUGUUUUAUAACGUAUGCCUCUGAUAUUAAAAGCAAUUGAGAUAUAUUUAAUUGAGGAUUGGUAAAUACCAAUAUACCAAUAUUAAAGUGGUAAACCGUGAUUAACAAAUUUAGAUGGUCUGAAAUGUUUCCAAAAGAAAACAUACUAUUCAGAAGGUUUGUCGUCUUUGCCAAAUUUCCAUUGAUUUUAUCGGCGUCCGUCUUGAUAUUAUAGAUUGAUACAGAAGAUAAAUAAGAAUCAUUAAGCACUAUUUAUGUAUUUACCAAGGUCUAUACUACUUUACUUUCAUUGUCCUUGAAGAAAAUUUGCAAUGCUCCCAUUUCCAAAAAUGUCAUAAACAUCUUAAACAGAUUUAACACUUCCAGUGUCCCAUAAAAUUUGAUACAAUUAAUAGAUUUGAUAAAUAAUAUAUAUAUAAUGAUAGCUUUUUCAGUUCACGUGUCAUUUUAACUUCAUCUUUUUUAUAUUUUUAUCUCCACUAAAAAGUAAACUUUCACUCGUAAUUACCCCAGUUUUUUUCUAAAUAAUAUAUAGUAAAGGCUCACCUUUAAUUUUUAAUUCUAUACUUUUUUCGUUCGAACAUUAUUUACAAAAUUUCUUGGUAUUCAUUAAGUUGAAAACAACCAUACUGCAAUCAACACACUCUAUUCUAGCAUAUUGUUAUUUGGUUCAAACCGCCCUAACAAACUAGACAAUAGACAGUUAAGAAAAUUGAGGAAAAAACUAUUUACUCGUAACCUAACCAUCGUAUUGAGCGUUUCGUUGUACAGAAUGCAGUGAACUUCUUUAGUUCCAUCACGCGAUUGUUUUAGCCCGACGGUAAUAUCAUAGGUCAUCGUAUGUCAUGGAAGAACGCGUAGAACACGUUCGUGUGUCCCGGUUGAAAAAUAAUAGUGCAAAGCGUGAUUCGAUUCUUAAUUUUUUUUAACUUUCUGUAGCACUACAGCGCUAAUGCACUAGCCGUACCAGAUGGUACAUAAAUUUUAUAAUUAAUUUUGUUCAUUUCUCGACUGUUUAGAUUUACAUACUUAGCUUUUCACGGAUUAUUGUAUUGUAACUAUUAAUACGUGUUACUUCCUAUUAUGAUGUUUCAUCAUACCAAUCACCUCAUUAAUCAAUCACUAAUAUUAAGAAAAAUCGUCAAAUAUUGUUGUUUACCUUGAAUUUCUAGAAUAACGUCAGAGCUCCCCCAAAGUGGUCCAAAUGUAUUUGGAAAUGACUAUAUAGCCAUAUUAUCAAAUAUUUUAUAAAUAAAAUAGUUAUUUUCCUAACAAGUGCGGAAAGUGAUACUUUCCCGCACGCGACUGCAGUUGUCCCGAACGACGCGGAGCGGAGUUCGGGCAAGCGGUCAAGUGCGGGAAAGACACUUUACGCAUGAGUUAGGAACAUUAUUUUUUCUACGACCGUAUAUACAUAAAAGUAUACCAACCCAUUUUUCAAAAAUUAUUUUAUUCCAACAAACAUAAUAAUAUACAAAAUUUUAACUAAAAAUUAUUAAUUAUUAUAAAUAUUAAUAUUGAAAACACAAUUUGUUGUAUUCUGUAGACUAGUAAGAAUUGCCGGCCCAGUGGAGUUAUUUGGUUUCAUCUGGAAGGUAGAUGACGUCGGUGAAGAUGGCAUCGGUUGCAGGUCGCAUAAAGAUGACGAUGACGGUGACGGCAACGGUUUUAAGUCAUUUGUAGUACAGAGAAACUUUUUACCAUCGAAUAGCGGGACCAUAAUGUAUUAGAUUUCAAAACCUUACUUAGGUCUGAAAAAUACGCCAGAAAUACCUCUUCCUUAUAAGUUUUGGCCCCUUUCUCCUUACACCAUGUAACAAAAUGGUCGUAUUGCUUCUCAUACUUUAGUCUGGAUUUGGCAGGUAACAGCUCGGAAUUAGCUUCAUUUGCAGCCUUCAAAACGGCUUCGGGAAGUUAUUCGUCGGAUGAAUCCAUUAAUAUUAUUGUAUCGGAUUCGGUUUGAUGUGGUUUAAUUUAAAAGAAGAUUGUUCUUAUUCGGUCACUUCCAAGACGUUUUGAACAACUUUGUCGUUUUAGUAACAAUUACACGCUUGGGUUGUCAUAGCAACUGAUAUCAAACCAGUUUUGAUAUUUGUUUCUCCUUUGAAGAAUGUCACUUUCAAAACUAAAAUGCGUGCGGGAAAGUAGGUUAAAACGCACGGUCGUAGAAAAAUUAUAUUUAUAGUAACAGUAAAUAGGAUACAUAAAUUGAUUACGAUCUAUACAACAAACAUUCUGGAAUGUUAAUUAAUUUAUGUGACAAAAAAUAUUUUAAUAAAUUAUUUGCAACUAUUCUCUCAAUUUUAUAUCCUGUAGGAAAGAGAUAACGUGCUUUGAAACGUAGGUAAUGUUACAUCCUCACAAAAUGGUAUUUUUUAGUUUGAGGCGAUCUUCGUGUAAAAGCAUUAAUAAUUUCUAGUAAUGCACAAGUAAACUCUAAAAUAUAAUUUCAAUUAAAUAUGCAAAUGGUUUGUUCCAAAAAACAUUAAUUUCUAUGAUUUUAUUUGUCAUAUGGGCCAUUUUUCUCACAAUGACUCAACAUUUUACGUUCGGCAACAAAAAAACCUUAAAUCUUCAAAUUUCUUACUGUUUAAAGCUAUAAUAACACUUUCACCACCAGCGACGAAGUUUGUGCAUAAGCAUAUUUGAAUAUGGUUAUACAGAAACAAAACUGCUUUACAAUUUAAGAACGAAAUUUUAUUCAAGGAAUCGGAACAGGAAGAAGAUAUAGGAAACGAAAAAGAAAAUGAGGAUCUCAUAGAGGAACAAAGGAUAAAGAAAUCUUUCUUAGAACUGAUAGGAACAAAGUGAUAAAGAAACAGAUAGAAAAUUUGAAAAGCCUUAAGCGCGCAGGGAGCGUGAUAUCCCUUAUAAUGGAAUCCUAUUAUAGAGAGAUAUCACUUCUUUAUGUGGUGUACAAAAUUUUGGCUAAAGUUGUGGGAAACAGACUCAACGAAUACCAAGAACGGAUAGUCGACGAAUACCAAGGAGGUAUCAAGAAAGGAAGACGAACAACAGAUCAGAUAUUUACCCUUAAGACGAUCAUGGAUGAAAGCUAUGAGCAAAAUCUGGGCAUUCAAAGUAUGUUUAUAGAUUUUCAACAGGCUUAUGACACACUAGAUAGAAAUUAUCUGUAUGCUGCCUUUAAUCUACUAAGAAUCCCGAAAAAAAUUGUAAAGUUAGUCAAGGUGACAUUAGACAACUCAUUCUGUGGAGUAAUGCCUGAUGGAAUUCUAUUGGAGUUAAAUUUAGGGAUGAAAAGGAAUUAAAACAAGGAGAUCCAUUAUCAACAGUGGCUUUUAAUCUGGCGUUGGAAAAAAUUUCACGAGAUAGCAAGAUAAAAAAAACAUGGUUCAAUUGUCCCUAUAUACAGUAGACAAUUGCAUAUGCAGACGAUUAAGCUUUAAUAACCAGAACAAAAAAAGAAAUUGAAAGAGCACUCUAUGAAAUAGAAGAGGCUGCAAAAAAUUAUGGGUUGAAAAUAAGCCAAGAUAAAAUGCUAAGACAAUAUGUGAUUGGUAGAAAGGAAUACAUAGAAAUUAAAACGGAAAAGUACAAGAAAUAUAAUAUAGAAAAAGUUUGCGAAUUCAAAUACCUGGGAACUAAAACCGUGGGAUCAUUAAGUAAAUUGAUAAAAUGAAAGGAGAGCAGCCAAAAUUAGAUAUACGACCAACAGUUACGUUCGGUGGUGAAACAUGGGUUGUAACAAUGACUGAAGAAACAAAACUGGUUGUAUGGGAUAGAAAGGUGUUGAGGGAAAUUUUGGGGAGAAACAAGUGAAGGACUAUGAAGUAGAACUAACGAAGAACUAAAGGAAGCCCAAACAGUGAAAUGGAUUGAGUAUAAUGAAAGGAUGUCGGGAAAUAGGUUUGCAAAAUUGAAGCGCAAAAGUACAAAAGCGCAACCUAUGGAGAGGAAACGUGAAAUGAGUUGAGGAUCGAUGAGAAAAGAAAAAUAAGUAAUGAGGCCUCAAAUGCCUUUAGUAUUGUACAUUAUGAGAUAAUAUAUUAGAAUUGAAUACUGCGUUACUAAAUUCCCAACAUAAAUUUUCAAUUUUUGGUUAAUAACACUUAUCCGAAUAUUGUUAAAGUGACAUAAAUUAGGGUUAACCUCUCCUAAUUCAACCAACGAUCAAAAGUCGCCGACUUAGAGAACAUACUCGUACUAAGAAAUAUAUUAGAAAUUAUGUACAUUCAAGUAUUAAGAGAAGUAACAAAGUGGCUCAAUUAGUAACACUGUGGCUUUUUUCAGAAAUAACUAGUGAAUAGAAUAUUCAACACGAAAACAAAAAAAAAUGGUAAUAAUCUCAACUGACAACGCAGAAUAUAUACUGUUUUAUGACUUUUUUUUUCGAGAUUUUACUUUUAUAACUAUUCUUUGUACUGUGCAUAACAGAAUAGAUAUAAAUACACUAACAAAAUUUCAAAAAUAAAAUUUUUAAGUAAAACAUCUUUAUUUUUGUGGGAAAUAACCAUUACGCGAUUUGUAAGAAGAAUAGCUUAUAUUAUUUUUUUCUCUGGAAAUCUGAAAUGUUUCUAUAGUUUCAAACAAAUUCGACUAAUUAUCUCAUCCAUUAAAAAACAAUAGAAGUUUAUUUUUAUACAAGCGACUUUUGAGUAAUAUGCCACUACAGAUAGAUAUUAAAUUUUUUUAAAGAUCCAGCAAGUUUUUAGUAUUUGUCUCAUUGCGUCUUGUUUUUUAAACUUCAAUACCAGAACUAAAGUUUCCAUCGGAGACUUGCUAGAAGAAUAUUAAUUAGAAUUUGCUUAAAAUAACCAACUUGGUGAAAAUCUUGGAGCAAGAUAUAUCCAGGCUAAAUAGUCAUUGUUCAACCUACAAAAAUUAUUACCAAAUGCCCAACAUUCCUCUAUGUGUAUUCCUCUUCUAAUUUCUACUUGUAUAGGCGCAACAGUGGUAAAUGUGGUGACUGUAGUUGAUAUUGAUUUAAUGUUGUAAUUUAUGUGCAAUUGGCUUAAGAGAGUUCUUAUUACAACCAACCGAUGAUUCAAUAUAUAAAUUUUAAUAGGAAACUUAAGAAAUCUCAAUUUGUAAUUGAUUUGUACUCGUAUACUAUGCAAAAUCAAGUGUAAAAAUGUGUAAACGAAAUUUUAUCUCCCAAUUUAAUUUUGUGGAACAAAUAAAAAGUAAUUGAGAAAAAAAUUUUCUAAACUUUUUUGAGAUACUAAAUAUUCUGUCUCUACAAUUUCUGUAAUGCAGUUACUUGUUAUUCUUAUAAUGAUGUACAAACAUUGAAUAUGAAAUGUUUUCAAAAUAAUCUAUUAUCUUGAAAUAUAAUAAUUCUCUAAGUAUCCCUUCAAGUUCAAGGAAAUAUUUUUAUUAAAUGACUCUGACAUAGGAACUACCAUUUUGAAUUGAAACAUAUAAAUUUCCUAAGAUUAACAUUUGAAACUUUAAUAACCACAAAUCUCUAAUGGUAGUUGGUGUUUUCAAACUAAUUCAAAUACAGUUUUUGAAGUUCGAUUUUGAAUGAAUCAAUCAAGACAUACUGUCACUGUCAUGUUAUAUCGAAAAUUCUGGUGCAAAACAAAAGGAAAUGCUUUGCUUUUUACCCCAAAUUGUACAUGGAAAAAAAGUCGCUGCAUUGAUCAAGCAUCUGUGCUACAUUUUCGGGAGAUAAUUUUUAUAAGGCGAAGAUCUGAAUUUGUCUCUCAAGCUAAAGUUCUACCAAAACGUAAAGCUCAAAAAAAUAAUGAUGAGAAACAGACAUAUACAUAUACACAUCUCCAGCCUGGAGAUGUGUAUAUAUUAUAUUUGUAAUGAAUAUGUAACAAAUCUCCAGGCUAAAAACUUUAUGUAAGUUCAUUGUAUAGUACUAUAUUGUAGUAAAAGACAAAUAAAAAACUGACGAGAAA